AUGGAAGCCUUCAUCAAGACGCAGCUUCGUCCAGUUGACCAAUGCGUGGUAUGCACCGAGCCAUUCAGUGCGACUCAUCAACCAGUCGCUCUAGACUGCAAGCACAUCUUCGGCCACAAAUGCAUAUCAAGAUGGGUUCAAGACGGCCGAGGUAACAACGCAAGCUGUCCGGUCUGUAGACAUGUUCUGGUAGCGAGGAAGAACCCACAACCGGCUUUCGAUGCACCGUCAAUAUGGAAGAGACUGUGCGAACUGCCUCUAGAGCGCCUGCAUGCUUUCAUGGAGAAGCUUUGGAUCGGCAUACGAGACCUCUGGAAGCGAAAGCCCGACAGCAAGUUUACGAUCAGCGAACUUCUGGAGAAAGCCAUCUUCCCUGCCCUCAUCGAGACUGGGGCACAAGCUUGGAGUGGGUCACACGACGCGUUCACCGACGCAUACAACCUCAUCGCGGCCUCAUGGGACUCAUUGGGUCGCCCAGAUCGGGCAGAAGGUCUGGCGGUCCCACUUGUUCGCCUCGCUCGUUUGGUAUCUAGCACAGCAACCACGUUGCCAUUGUACCUUACGGAUCUGUCACGAACGACACGACUGAUCUGGAAGGCGAACGCCUGCCUUGGCCUUACGGAAGAGAACAUCAGCUGGGAAUCUAUCAUGGAUGUCUCGAAACUGGAGUCAGAUCGACACUUUCCGUUGCUACAUCUCUAUACUGUGCUCAUAUCGCAGAGCAUUGCGCACAAGUCUGGACCACAACAACCACUACCGACAAGACGCUACGAGAUUAUGAAUCUUGUGGUCGAGAGGUGCUGCACGAAAAUCGGCAGGUCUAGUUACACGGGUAAACCUUCAAACGACUUCAAGGACACCCUCGUUUUCGUGUUCCAGGAGCUCUGGAGGUAUCAGCACGAACAGGCGCGGCUUAGCUUGAGGGGUCAUGCAGGCGAGGAGACGAUUGUUAGAGGCAUAUGGGCUAUUGCCGGGUGGCCGGUCAAGAGGGAUCGUUGA